CUUAGCCAUAUGGGAACUAGUCACACCGUUUGGUAGCAUUUUUAACUUUGCUUUCUAUACAGGCUGCAGCGAGUAAGACCGGUGAUCUUCUGCCCGCAGCUCCUGUUGUACUUAGCACAGCAAUGACGAAUCAGGCUUCCUCCAAUCAUUUAGUUCUGUCGAUUUAGAUCUGAAGGACCCGGCUUGUUCUCAUAAUGGAUCAGCACUUAAAUCGUUUUAAAGUGAAGACAGAGGAAGAAGAGUUGGACAUUGACAGUCACAUGACCAGCAUAAAGACAGAAACAGAUACAUUUCCUAUCGAUAAUAUUCUACAGGAAAAUUUAGAGAUGAAGACAGAGGAAGAGAAGGUGGACACUGAUGAUCAUUUAAUAAAGACUGUAAUUGUUACAUCCACUGAUGGCAGUGCAGAGGUGAAGUCAGAGAAAGAAGAGCCGGACAUUGACAAUCACAUGACCACCAUAAAGACAGAAGCAGAUACAUUUACUAUUGAUAGUGUUAGAGAAAAUGUAGAGGUUAAGUCAGAACCAGAAGAGAAGGAUACUACGCAUCAUGUGACUGUUAGGUCUUCAGAUGUGGGUUUUCUAACAAAUGUAGAGGUGAAGUCAGAACCAGAAGAACCAAUUGCUAAUGAUCUUGUGACCACAGUGAAUCCUGUGACUAUUAAUUCCACACACCAUGAGAACAUCUCGAAUGUUAAUCACCCACAGCAGAGAAUAGUAAACAUUAUAUUGAUACCACAGGGCUUUACAGUGAUGAGAGCUAAUGACCGUGGUCAAAUAGUAGAUGUAUUCCAGAAGCCAUUGUGCACACCGACUAAUAAAGUCGUGAAACAAAAAAAAGCUACUGAAAAAUGCAAGAAAUCGUUGCCUUGUACAGAAUGUAGUAAAAUCUUUGCAACCAAGAAAGGUCUAAAAAGACACCAACGGCUCCAUACAGGAGAGAAGCUAUAUAAAUGUUCCAUGUGCGAGAAAUGUUUCACACAAAAGUGUAGCCUCACCUAUCAUGAAAGAACCCAUACAGGAGAGAAGCCCUUUACUUGCAUGGAUUGUGGAAAACGCUUUGUAUGUAAUUCAGAUCUUCUAAAGCAUGAAAGGAAUCAUAGAGAGGUUAAUAUAUUUACAUGUAAAGAGUGUGGGAAAUGUUUCAAGCACAAAAGUAGCCUCAAAUUUCAUGAAAUUAUCCACAAAGGAGAGAAACCAUUCCCUUGUAUGGAUUGUGAAAAAAGUUUUGUAUGUAAAGCUGAUUUCUUAAAACACCAAAUGAGUCAUACAGGUGAGAAACCAUUUACAUGUACAGUGUGUGGGAAACAUUUCAGACACAAGAGUAGCCUCACAUCUCAUGAAAUCAAGCACAGAGGGGACAAACCCUUCUCUUGUAAGUAUUGUGGAAGAGGUUUUGCUCACGAGUCAGAACUCUCAAAACAUGGAAGGAUGCACACAGGAGAGAAACCAUACACGUGUAUAGAUUGUAACAAAAGUUUUGCAUGGAAGUCUUGUCUCAUACAACAUCAAAAGAUUCAUACAGGGGAGAAACCAUUUUCAUGUACAGUGUGUGGGAAAAGUUUCACACAAAAGGGUAAUUUAAGAACUCAUGAAAUGACCCACACAGUGAAGAAACGAAAAAACGCAAAAUCUUUUAUUUGUACAGAAUGUGGAGAAAGCUUUGGACAUAUGUCACUUCUCUUAAGUCACCAAAACAUUUGUACAAUAGAGAAGCCUGUAACAUGUACAGAAUGAGAUGGGUGUUUCUCAAUAAAUAAUACACAAAAUUGAAAAAUAUUAAUUUGUACUAAAUGUAGAAAAACCAUUGACCUUAAUGUAUAUCUUUGAAAACAUAUAAAUAUUCAACCAUGA